AGUUCCAGCCACAGCCACAGCUGAGAGUUUGGAGUCAGGAGCACACGAGGCUCUGCACUGUGGGUCAGCUCAGAGCUUUCCUGGUGUCCCUGGGACAUCCCCGGCAGAGUUAUCCCAACACUCACCCCCUGGAGAUGUGAUCUUGGUACAGCCCAGAGAAUUCCAGGUUAAGAAGCUGAAGGAUCAGUGUUUGCAGGAGCCACUUUGGAGCUGGAUGUGCCCUGAGCAGCGUGUGACCCCAGCCAGGCAAGGAAGGGGAGAUACAUCUCUAAUUCCAACCUGUGUCCAGAAGGAAGAGGAGAGGAACUGACACACAAGACCUUUCCAAACAGGACAGGAAGAUGUCUUCAUCAGUGCAGCUCUUCCAAGACCAGAAGUACCAGGAGCUGAAGGGGCAGUGCCUCCAGCAGGGCCAGCUCUUUGAGGAUCCUGAGUUUCCAGCCUCAGAUGAAUCCCUUUACUACGACCCAGCAGCAAAAGGGAAAGUGGAAUGGAAGAGGCCAAAGGACCUCUGUGAAGAUCCCCACCUGCUUGUGGAUGGAAUGAGCUCCCAUGACUUCCACCAGGGCAAGCUGGGCAACUGCUGGUUUGUGGCUGCCUGCUCCUGCCUGGCUCUGAGGAAAAGCCUCUGGCAGCAGGUGAUUCCCGACUAUCAGGAGCAGGAAUGGGACCCUCAAAGCCCCAGGAAAUACGCUGGGAUUUUCCGUUUCCGUUUCUGGCGCUUCGGAGAGUGGACAGAGGUGGUGGUUGAUGAUCUGCUGCCAACAGAGAAUGGGGAGCUGAUCUACUGCCAUUCCAACGUGAGGAAUGAGUUCUGGAGUGCUUUGCUGGAGAAAGCUUAUGCCAAGCUGGCUGGAUCCUACCAAGCCCUGGAUGGAGGCUGUGCUGCAGAAGCCCUGGUGGAUUUCACUGGAGCAGUGGCAGACUCCAUUAAUUUGGCAGAGGGCAAAUAUGGUGAGGUUAUUUCUGAGCAGAUGAAGCUGUUUGAAGAUUUGAUGAAGGUGCAUAAAAGAGGAGGGUUCAUCAGCUGCUCCAUUUCGGAGUCCCUUGGCCGCCCCAGUGAGGCAGAGACAGAGCUGGGGCUCAUUGUGGGCCAUGCCUACUCCGUGACUGCCAUCAGGAAACUGCGCCUCGGGGAGAGGCUCCUCUUCUCCUUCCAGGCACAGAAGCUCUUCAUGAUCAGGCUGAGGAAUCCCUGGGGGAAAAAGGAAUGGCAUGGUGCUUGGAGUGACAGUUCUGAAGAGUGGAAGAAAGUCAGCGAUUCUGAGCGCAAGGAUUUGGGACUCACUGUUGAGAAUGAUGGAGAGUUCUGGAUGACGUUUGAGGACUGGUGUAAGAACUUCACAGAUGUGGACAUCUGCAGGACUGUGAACACCUCCUUCUUCAGCCUCCACAAGACCUGGGAGAAGGAAAUGAUGUAUGGGGCUUGGGCAAAGCAUCCAGAGCCCCUGCUGAACAGAUCUGGGGGCUGCUUUGAUAACAGAGAGACCUUCCUGCAGAACCCCCAGUACCUCUUUGAUGUGAAGAAGGCUGAGGACAAAGUGCUGGUGUCACUUCAGCAGGAGGAUCGGCGCAGGUACAAGAAGGAAGGGAAAGGAGACAACAUCACAAUUGGCUUUGAAAUCCUCAAGGUGGAGGACAACAGGAGGUACAGGCUGCACAAGCUCACAGUGCAGGAGAGAGUGGCCACCUCUCCCUACUCCAACACACGCAGCGUGUUCCUGAGGAGGAGCCUCCAGCGCGGCCGCUAUGUCCUCAUCCCAACCACCUUCACCCCAGGGGUCCCCACGAGGUUCAUCCUCAGGCUCUUCACAGAUGUGCCCUCAAAGCUCAGGGAGCUGAAGGCAGAUAGGCCUGAAAUGACAUGUUGGAGUCUCCUUUGUGGCUACCCACGCAGGGUCACCCAAAUCAAAGUCCACUCUGCAGAGGGUUUGCAGAAACCAGACAGAUCAGGAGGAGCAGAUCCCUACGUGCUCAUCAAGUGUGAGAACCAGAGCUGGCGCUCGGCGGUGCAGCACGACACCACCAGCCCCGUGUUCAACACCCAGGUGAUCUUCUACAGGAAGGAUGUGGACAGUCCUGUCACCAUCCAGGUGUGGCACAGCAGGCUCCUGAGCGACCAGUUCCUGGGGCAGGCGGUGCUGGCAGCAUCCCCCGGUGAGCCCCGGCAGCAGCGGAGGCUGCGGCUGCGGGCCCGGGGCGGCGGGGAGGCGGCGGAGCUGCCGGGUCACAUCAGCCUCACGCUGCUCUCCAGCGAUGACCUGGCCGAGCUCUGAGCCCCGCUCGGCCGCACGGAGCUGCCAGCGAGCACGGGGUGAGCAUCAGCAUAAUCGCUUCAAAGGGGAAAAAAACCACUCCGGCUCUCCACGUUAUCACUGGGAGAGGGGGAGUGCAUAUUUAUACAUUGCUAUGCUCGUGAUGCAGCUCAUGCGGUAGGACAGGGGACAAAUGGAAUGCUGGCAGGUAAGGAUGUGAGCAUCUUCCCGGCAGCAUCGUUGAGGAUGCAGCUCCAUCGGGCACCAACCAGCAGCUUGGGGACUGCAAGUACAAGGGGGAUUCAUGGGGAUUUUGUUUUCCCCCCAUAGAAGGAUAUAAAUUUCUUGAUGAAUUUCACUACACAUUAGGUAUUUCUGCUCCUUGGUGAAAAUGUCACUACUCGAGGAGCUCAGUUGUAGCUCACGACCUUAAGACUUGCCAGGACAACACAGGGGGCAGAUCUUGCAGUGCCUGUUUGAACACCACAGCAAAUAAGAGCUUUGUCCACCCAAAGGCUCUCAGAUUGAAUUUUUGAUUCUUCUCUUCUCCACCUCGAGCUGGUGACUCCCAGUUUGGUAUCUCUGUCCAAGGGCACCUCACAGUUCAGCUGUGGCUCUGCUCAGAGCACAGAUUCAGUAAUGGGAGCCUCCUUGCUUUGUUUAAGCCACAUAAUGCUAAAAAUGGAAUAACAGCCCUCGUGUUUUGGUACAUAUAACACCAUCCUGAAAGAGGAGAAAACGAGCUCAUGAGAAGGGUGGGUUUGUAAAAGCUGGUUGCUGUUCCCUGGCAGGUGUCAGGUUUCACUCUCAGAAUUUUGCAGUCAUUAAUUGCUGGCACAGCUGAUGUUUGAUGGUUUCACUUGGGUACCAUGGAGGAUGGGUGAUAUUUACAUUUCCCUCACAGCAGGGCUCUGGUGCCAGCUCUCCCCUUGCCCUGCAGCCCAUGGCAGGGUUCCCUCAGCAGCUCUCUGGGGUGGGCACGCUGGGCAGUGACCCUGGCAGUGCAUGGGGCUCUCUGUGCCACACACUCUGAAAUGGAUUUUACACAGCUGCACAUUCUGGGUGGUAAAGUGAAGCUGAAGGACUGUUCUGCCUUUUUUACAGCCAGGAAAUUCCUAUGUGCCUCGUAGCCACUUCAGCCACACUGUGCAAUUUUUACAAUUUAUGAAAUGGCCCUUGACAGAGUUAAUGUUUUCACAAAGGUUUUGAAGUCUCCUCAGGGCUCCAAAAGGAUCAUUGCUGUGCUAGGAAAAUGCCAGAGAUGGACUGUGGGGCUGUGAAUGAUGCUGCAGUGCCAUCAUGUACCAAGGACCUAAAUCCAGCUCUUUUCAGACAGUUUGGGCUCAGGCUGUUUUGCUCAGCAGAGGUCUUGUCAGAGGUGUGAACUACAAGCCCCACAGCCAAGUGACAUUCUCUGUAAGCUCAUGGCUCCAGGGCUGCUUACUCUCAGAAAUGUUUGUAAACUGAGAUUUUUCUUUUUAAAAGCAUGAACUGUCUCAUGCAGACCAGAGCUGGAUGAGGGGAACUGCAAAUGUCAGGGCUGCCCUAGUGAUGCACUGAGACCUGUUUGCUUUGCUUUUCCUCACACCCUGCUCCAGGCUGUGCUUCCCACAGUGUUCCCUGUGGGAUGGGGCCAUUCCCAGGGCUUGGCUUGGCCGAGGGUCAGUGUUCAGCCUGACAAAAGUUCCACUCCGAGAUGGCACCAGGGGUUUGUGCCUGCCUGCCCCAGGAUUUGGCUGAGGAAGCUCCUGAGCCUGCUGAGGGCACAAAGCUGGAGGGACGUCCCUUGGCUCUUUUUUGGAGCCCCACAGCCCUGGCCCCAGUCCCAGCACUCCACCCUGUUGCAGCCUCUGCCAAGGCUUGUCCCCAGCAGCAGUGGCACAGAGCAGUGGGACCAGCAGUUCUUGGGCAUGCACAGCCUGGCAAAGGGGGAAGUCAGCCUGGGCAGAUGGACAUGGUGACUUUCAGGCCUUGAGCAUUGGGCCAGCUCCAGCCAUUCCCCAGUUUGUCCCUGUGGCGUGGCGACAGGCACUGCUGGCCAGUGCUGCCCUGAGGGACUGGCAGUGCUGGGAGCUGUGGGAUGCUCAGCAGGAUGCCUGGACCUCUGCACUGUUAAUUUUUGGGAAUUGUUCGGUUUCCCAUCAGGAGGAGCUGAUCCAGCCUGGGAACACAGCUGGCUCUGCUGGUUUACAGAUGCCUCUGCCUUCCCAGGUGAAGCCCAGGAGAAGCAAGGCAAGGGCAGGGCUGACACGGUCCCCUGCUGCUGCCUGCUCCUAGCACUGAUAGUUAAAAUGGUUAUAAUACCAACAUGUGGGGAAAAAACAUCUUGGGGUUGUUUUCUUUGAUAGGGGGAAGGGCUGCAUUUAUGUACAAAAAUGAAAACAGGUGGAAAUGGGUGUAAAAUAUUUUGUAACUUUUACCUUUUGUAACUUUUCAAUACGAAGCGACCUAAAUAAAAUUUUACAAAAAAUACAAUUUUAGCGAUUUUUGCGGCGGCCGCCAGAGGGCGCUCGGUGCCCACCCAAACAGGUGUGACCGCGGCCAGGUGCAACACACCCCGAUAAAAACGGUGUUUAAUUUAUACAGGAUGCCACACAUUAUCCUACACACGCUAUUGUAUCUCCCUAUACACCGUGUAACAGUUAUAGAAGCGCCUCUGAGUGUAUAUAAAAAUAUU